ACUUCUCCCUCUCAAAACCCCUUCAUGCAACCCCAGAUAUAUACAUAUAUAAGAUAGGUACACAAGUCAAAUUUUGUAAUCUAGGGUAGCUUCAAGCUCAUAGAGGAAUUUGAACAUCUUGAUCCUCCAGCUUCUACCUCCUGAGUGCUGGAAUUACAGAUGUGUACCACCCAGCCAGGUUUGUACAGUACAUGGGAUUAAACUCAGGGCUCUGUGAGAGCUAAGAAAACACUUCACCAACUGAGCUACACCCAUAGUCUGUUUCCUUUUUCAAUUUAGUUUUUUUAAAAAAAAAAACUGUGUGUGUAUGUCAUGAGUGUUUGCGAGUAUGGGCCUGGGGAGAGCCCAAGGGCAUGGGACAUGCUGGAAGUGGAGCUACAGAUAGUUGUGAGCUGCCGUGAGGAAACAAACCCGUUCUCUGCAAAGCAGCCAGUGCUCUUAACUGCUAAGCCAUCUCUCCAGACCUCCUUUUUAAUUAAAUAUCGUAUUUGUUUAUUUUAUUCUUUUUUAAAAGACAUUCUUGUAUAGUCAAUAGUCUCAAAAUUCAUUAUGUAGCAAUGAUGCUCUUGAACCCCUGAUGCUCUUUGCUACACCUCUAAAGUGUUGGGAUUACAGGAGUGUGCCUGUACCAUACCUGGCCAUCUACUUUUUCUUCUAAAAUCGUCCUAUUUAUUUCAUACCAUGUAAAUUAGCUGAAAGGGGGUCUGAAUUUGCACUGGCCAACUAAAACUAAGAAUUAUUAUACCAUUUCUAUUUCCCGCUGCCAUCAUGAAAUGAGGCCCCUUGAACCUCAUACAGAUUCCGCUCUCCCCACCCAUCAUACAGAUCCCGCCCUCCCCACCCAAACACCCCAGCCUCUGCGGACCAGCUCCUCGCAUGGGUCCGCGCUGUGCACGCUGGGAGUUGUAGUUCGCUUCCCUUCUCUCCCUAUGAGCAGGGUGUCAGUCGCAGGAGCGCCUCCAGCGGCGAGCGUGUUUGGUGGCGCCGAGUGCGGGAAGAAGGCAGGAUCGUCUCCUAGCAACGGGGUUGCAGCGACGUCACCGUGGCGGGUUCUUAGCGCUGAGGCAAGGUGGAACCGCCAGAGCGCCUUCCAGCCUCUGUGUCAGUCGUGGUCCUCCACCUUGCGCUGCCGGUCCUGCCCUAUCUGGUCCCGAGCUACCGUACGGGAGUUUUCGUCGGUGCGGCCCGCCGGCCUGGGCCUUGGCCUUGGCGGGACGAUGCUGGAGUCUUUUCGCGUAACGGAGAAGCUUCACUGGCCUGAGCAUGAACUUGCUAAGAAGUUUGUUCUAAAUGCGGAAGAGGCACUGAUCAUUGACAGCAAAAGAAGCUUUUCGAAUUUGUCCUCUGGAGUUCUCAAGGACACUUUCACAACUGGAACCAGUAGUUACAAUGUUCUGCUACAGAGCAAGGAGGAGAAAAAGCACCACUCACAAAAGCGGUUUUCCUCUGCCUGCUCCAGACAACAUAAAAAGCCCAGCAAAUCUCCUAGUUCCUCUCAUAGCAAAGACCCUAACAGGAUGACAGCCCUGGUGCCUGUGGCAAGCGCUGGUACUUGGUACUGCCUAGACAGGCAGUCUGCUGUUUUUGUCACUAGUUCAGUACCAAGUCCUGUAAAGUUUACCUGUGAUAUCUCUGUUACAGGAAGCAGCCUAGUGCUGCCACCUAAGCCGAAAAGCAAGGUCAAGCGACGCAAUCUGACCCCGCUCCCCAGGCCAAAGCAGCAGCCUCAGCUGUGCCGGAGCUUUGAGAGGGGAGAGGACCUGUCCGGGAAAAAGCUCUGUAUUCUGACGGCUAUAAAGCCCGUCAACCUGGAGAAAGAAAAGCUGCGGUUCUUCAAGUCGGACUAUACCUACAACCCUCAGUUCGAGUAUGCCAACCCCAGUCUGCCAGGCGUGUUAGCUAAACACAGCACCGCCUCUGACCGCUUCCUUAAGCAGUCCAUCAAUAUUAUGGAGCUGACUUUACAGAAAUAUGGAAGUUAUGAAAAAUUUGAACAAGCUACUGGUGGUAGCUUGUUAUCUAAAACUCGAAUCUGGAGUCACGUUAGAAAGUACAUGGUGAAGGAAGGCUGCCUGGGAGAGAUUGUAGUUCAUCUCACCGAAGACCUGCUUUCCAGGGCAUCCAUGACAGUAGUAAACGGAUGCCCGACUCUAACCAUCAAUGUUUCUACCGCACGAGAGCAUUGGCUGGAGGGCAUGCUGAGGCACGAGAUAGGCACGCAUUACUUUCGGGGUAUCAACAACCUUCAGCAGCCGUGGAACAGUUGGAUUGGCCGCAAAAAACAUGAGCUAAAGCCAAACAAUCCUACGGAGGAAGGACUGGCAAGCAUUCAUAGUGUCCUGUUCAGAAAAGACCCCUUUCUGUGGAGGGCUGCGCUCCUGUACUACACGGUGUAUCAGGCCAGCAAGAUGUCCUUCUGUGAGCUCUUCAGAGAUAUUGGCAAGUUUGUCAAGGACCCUAAUACAAGAUGGGACUAUUGUGUAAGAGCCAAGAGGGGGUGGACGGACACUUCCGAGCCAGGGUGUUUCAGUAAAGACCAGGUGUACUUGGACGGAAUCCUUCAAAUCCUGCGGUUCAGAGAGUCCAUAGACUUUCAUCUGCUGACUGCCCUGGGCAAGGUAUCUUAUGAAGACGUGGAUCGCUUAAAAGAAUUGGCAGUCACUGAAAACAUGCGAGUCCCGCAUUUCCUUCAUGACCACAGCCGCUACAUGGAGCACUUAGAGAAGAUCAUGGAGGUGAACGAGCUGACAGACGCCGAGCUGAAGGACCUCAUCUAAGCAGAGAGCCGGCGCUUGGCGGCUGUUAGCGGCCAGGGCACUCCGCACCUGCAGAACUGGAGGAGAGCGGCUCUCAGGAGCCAGCCGAAACUCUAAGUUAUAUGUAGACCUCAAACUAUUUUCCUAAAACAUUUCUAUAGACUGCGGGUGGAAGUCGCUUCUCUUUUCAUUCAGAUCUCUCCAGAGACAGAUGAAGAUUCCGCUGCUGGUGACUCCCGGGCGAGCUGUGAACGUGAGCACCAGGCCAGCUCUGGAUUGGAGGUGGCCGGUCUUACGCUCUGCUCUGUAAACUCCAUGGUUCUAUUUCCUCUGCUAAACAGUGGGAGUUCUUUGUAACACCCCAGAAGGCUAGCAAUAGCUAAGAGUUCUUAUUUUUCUUAUGUUAAGUAAUAUUAAAAGGAGAUUGAAAGCUUUUUGUUCAGUUCUUAUUUUAUACAUUUUCAUUACCCUCUCAGUUUAUGGAAAAGUGUGUGUCUUACUCUGUGUGUGU